AUGCUGCUGCGUUGCGCGCCUGCUAUAUGUUUGCAACGCCGCACCUAUACCAUGUAUUCUCAGCCUAGCCAGUUACAAGGAGGAUUGUCACAGAGCAUGGCCUUAUGGAAGCAUUCUCGCUCACAUGCAGUCAGUUAUCAAACAAAAAUGGGUUUAGUUAGUCUUUCUCCUAAGAGCACAACAUCAUCUCAUCUGCAAAAUGGGACAUGCUUUGCCUGCUUGGAGCAACAGUCUAAACACGGAUUAUCAGCGAGAGAUCGUAUCCUACAUGCUAAGCUUGAUAUGGCCUCACAUCACGGGUUUUCUAGUAUUAGCUGGAAGUCGAGAACGACGAGAAGUUUAGCACAAAAAAUAGGGGGUACAGGCGCUGGACUUUCCUUGAGUUUCACAGUUGCUGGGAUAGCAAAUGCUGGGGGUCCGGUGGAUAAUGACAUUGAUUCCAAAUCAUCCUCUAGUUGUGCUCAUGGGAAGAAAGUUUACACAGAGUAUUCUGUCACCGGCAUUCCUGGGGAUGGUAGAUGCUUGUUCCGUUCUGUGGCUCAUGGUGAGUGCAUUAGGUCAGGGAAACCCAUACCUAGUGAGAAUCUUCAAAGGAAGCUCGCUGAUGAUUUAAGAACACUGGUUGCUGAUGAGUUUAUCAAGAGAAGGACAGAGACUGAAUGGUUUAUUGAGGGUGAUUUCGAUACAUAUGUCUCUCAGAUAAGGAAGCCACAUGUGUGGGGAGGAGAGCCAGAAUUGCUCAUGGCUUCUCACGUUCUUCAGUUUAAUUUUAAAACUUGGCCCUUCUUUGCAACAGUGAGGUGCCAAAGCAGUAAGAAUAAACAUCAUUUCGUUUUCAGGAUGCCGAUCACUGUUUAUAUGCACGAAGAAGCAGCGGGUGGUUUGAUAGCGAUCGCGGAGUAUGGCCAAGAGUACGGGAAAGAAGACCCAAUCCAAGUCCUCUAUCAUGGCUGUGGCCACUAUGAAGCGCUGCAUAUACCAGGAAACGCCGAACCCAGGUCAAGACUGUAA